AUGAAUAGCAAGGGAAUGGUUAAUUAUACAACUCCAGUAAAAGCAGAAAUUUGCCUCAACGAGACAGGAGGACCCGUAGUCUUGGAGUAUUACAACUGUGGGUAAAUAUAACUCUUAAACCUUAGUAUUUUCAAUUUGGGGGAUAGUUAUAUAACAAUAAGGGUCAAAGAGCUUUGA